AUGCACAGCGUCAAUCCCUACCUUUCAGCGAUGUCGUUUAAAAGCACGGACUCCAGAUUUGAGGUAACUUUACCGCCGUCUCACUGCGAAGCGCUUCAGGGUAUAAACAGGCAAGAAAAACCCAAAACCACUACUGUACCCCAGACGAACCAUCCGCUACCACUCAGUGAUUAUGCGCAACCCAUUGUCCGUAAAGCCGGCUUGGUUAAAGCGUCAACAAGUAGUGUUGUUUCCCAAUUCCGUGCUGAGGGUAGUGUUAUGGAGCCGGUACAUGCUCUCCACACUUGUAUUCGUCAUUUCCUUUCACAUCCCGAGGUGUACGGCAGCGAUGUACGUGCUAUGCUAGAUCGAGAACUAAUGUACGUUAUGCGUGUGAAAGCGUCGGAAAGCGCCCUGCUGACAUCCACCACCGUCCCUGUUUCCAGCGUAUCACUCCCUUCCAUUGCCAACACGGUGCCGGAGAAUAACAAAGUCGGUACUUCUUUCCUCGGUAAAUGUUCCAAUUGGGUGGUCACGCCACGCUCCGUAGAUGCGGCGGUAAACUUGGAUGCGGCGUUUGGCCCCAACGGCAUGUUUGGGCUCGGGAGCGCGAAGCUGGUUGAUGGAUCCACAGGACUAUUUUCACUACUUGAACGAAAUAGAAAUCUCCUGACAAUUCAGGAGCGGCAGCUGCCAAUGGAAGAUGGCGAAGAGAAGGGUUCGCCCUCGACUAUGAGUCCCUUGAAUGAUUGGGAAGAAAAGAGUGUAAAAACCGAUGGCGGACGUUAUCGCGAAAAGUCUCGAGUGCAUUUUUCCGUCAAUACGCAGUCAGGACCGGAUGUGUCCAGUGAAUAUGGAGCAAAGUUGCUCAUUGAUGGUGCAGGAUACGAAAUAUCAUUUCUCAGAAGUCAACUUCACCAAGUCGAGGCGGCGUACAACGCAAAGUGUAUUCGCCUUCAUGAGCUACAGCAGGAAAGUAAUCGGUUCGCGACUGAGCUAGAGAGUUUGGAAGAGAGAAAUCGUCAACAAAAUGCAAAGAUUAAUGAGCUGAGUCAACAGGUUGAUGGUCUAACACGCGAGGCGGAGCGGUGGAAACGCCGUGCUAAUGAAAUUAACAUUAAUGAAAAGGCUCACGGCGGGCGGGGUCCAACAGAUCAAACACGCCGAAUGCAGGCAUCGCAGUACGUAGAGCUCAAGAGGGAGUAUACGCACAUGUCGCAGCUCUGGAGAGAAACGGAGAAGUCGUUGCAGGAGACAAGGCGUUCUUUGGAGAGUGCAGAGAAGGAAAAUCGUGUCUCACACCGCUACCUGACGGAUGCCUUUUCCUUCAUUGAGAGGCUGGAGCGUCGAAUCAAGCGGCGCGACGACUUCAUCGAGAAACUAAAGCUUCGACAAGACUCCAUGGAAGAGCGGUACGAAAAGAUUUUGUGGUGCUUGAAUGAGUUGCAAACCCUUAGGGGUCAGCACUCCUACGUAGACUAUCUUCUCUCCGAGAAUAACGUGUGGUCCAUGUUUCUUUUCUCACGUCUUCAAUGCCGCUUGGCGAGUGUGGGUCACGUUGACGAGGUGGCAUACGAUACAAGUAUCCCCCUCUAUUUCCGACGCACGGCAGCAGGAGGGAAGUUGGCCGAUGCUUACAGCCCACAGCUUGUGUACAGAUUGAUAACAGAACACGUUCAGGGAAAGCGAAGGGGCCUACCGGUGGCCAAUGAUACUUUCCCCUUCGCAGUACCAUGCUGGAGGGGGAUGCAUUCUAUUAGCUACUUUUCUGCUACCGGCGGCAACCGGACUCCCAACACAAGCAUUAUGCUCUCUGGGGAGCUAACUCAUGAUCGACCGCGGCGCAGUCUACCGCUCCUGACGCUCGCAACUGUGCUGCUGCCACCGCAGAAUGGCGCAGCACCCGGGGAAGUGAUUGUCGAUGAAGAUAUACCCAACAGUGGACAGUACGACCAACUCACUCUCCGCUACCUUAUAUAUUGCUUCUGGGGAGAGCGUUUGACGCAGUACAAGCGGGAAACGGAGCGUCGGCGUGAAGAAUACAUAGCUGCAAGGGAAAAGGCGGCUGCACUUGAUAUUUCAGUUGACGUGGACAUAGAGAGUGGGGCAAAUGACAUGGAUGAAAGCAUUAAAUUUCCCACUUUCUUGGCUGCUCUUGUUGAAUACGUGCGCCGCCUUUGCCCCUAUAAGGCUCCGAAAGGGGAAGAGGAGAGUGCGCCCAAGCUUGUGGGUCCCGUCUUUGUUCGUGGUGUGGUGCUCAACCUCGAGGGAGCGCCUGCCAACCCACGCAUGUGCCUUCCCUUCAUCUUUCAAAAAGAAGAAAACGGGUCGGAGACGCCAGUUCCACUUUCCCCUCAGGCCCGUGAGCUGCUCUUCGCACUUUACUACUACGCGGAGGAAUACAAGGAUGUGGACUCGGACUUCCGCCUCUUCCACCUGGUUGCACAUCAGCAGUUACCUGAGUUGGUUGCCAUCAACUUCUACGCCAGCAUGGAGGCCAUGCGCACCGAAUGCGAUAACGUUAUUUGCGAGAGCCUCAGGGGGACCCGGAACGCACCCGAAGACAAAACGUGCGACGGUGCUGAACAGCAAUGCCCGGACGAAGCUACAACGGAAUUACUUUUCACUGAUUCGCCAGCGGAGACACUGCGCAAGGUGGCAGUGAUGGUCGACGAGGCCCCUCUAGCUGAGGAAGACACUUGCAUGGAGGCUGAUAGUGAUGGAGAAGGGUAUGGUGUUAUACUUCCGGGAGCCGUAGGGGAAAAUGAGGGGAACAAGGAGAAGCAAGAGGCCGGGCAGGAGCCGACCCCUUGCUACUUGACGAAGUUGAAACAUGACAUCCUGGCUUGUCUCAACAGGAAUACCGAAAAACCUGAGGCCAGUGCCACCAAUACUUCUGUACGGUCACCUAAGGCCGACGAUACCACCGAAACAUCAGACGCACUCUCCGUCCCGAAACAGUGGAAGCGCAUCGACGAAAAGUUGCAGCACAUGCUGGCUCCAUUUUCGUCCCUUUUGCAUGCAUUUAAGAAAUACAAGGAGCGAAGGUCUCUCGGCGGGCGGCGUUGCGACAGACAUAAGGCGAGAUGUCGUUUAGAUAUGCUUCCCGGUUCCCGGUCACUGAUUGCCAUUGAGACGUUUAUUGCAAUACUGCAUAAGCAUUGCUUUGCCACAUACGCCCUCUCCUGUUCCGGAAGUGUCCGCUCCUCGCUUCUUGACGCUGCAAUGAAGGGUGGCCAUGGUGGGAAUGACGCAAAUGAUGUGGGCCCCUUCACACGUGUUGGCCAAUUGCCGCCCAUGAACAAGCACAUCCGCCGCCUGCGGUUUGCCAUUGCAAUGGAUCAGCCCUCCUCUCUUUUGCGAUACACCGACCUCUUCACUGUGGAUUCGCGGUUUGGUACGCCAUCUCACUUCCAUAACGAAUACCUUAGAUUAACCAUCGAUACGUACCUUGAGCAACAAGAGGCAUACAUGAAUAUCAUCCUUGGUUCAUGUGUGGUUCGUGAUGGACGCACCAUUCCCACUCCAGUGGUGGAUUCGGAUGGCAUCUUGCCAUUCCCGGCGCUUCGGGCGGGUUUUGAAGCCGUUCUUCGGAAGUUGUCUUUCGCUCCCAAAGAAAGCAACAUAGUGGCCAAACAUUUCCUUAACUACUGUGACUUGCUGCGACAUGAGGAUGAUAUCCGGCAGGAACAAUACGUUGAUGCACCGCUAGUAAUAUGCGCAGAGGUGGUAUCUAAAAAAGAUUUUGCGAGAGAAUCUGCAUUACUGAGAGAGCACAGUUGGUCUGUGGAGGAUGAGGCAGCCUCCUGUUCACUUUUGCAUCUCUCGUUUGCCGCACGAAUGAUGUAUAUUGUUUGGGGAUUGAAUUCCUCUUCGAAAGGGCGGUUAGCGAUCUCAAUGCUUCCAGGAGCUGCCCGUAGUUUUGUGAACGCAGGUUGUACGAUUGGCGGGCAGUUGGUGCCUUCAGAGAGCUCCGACUCCGCAGAAGGGUUAUGCCCACUUCGAGAGGACCUUGAGCCCCUCUUUAGGUUUGAAGUGGAGGAAGAGUGCCGUGAUGCGCUAAACCGCGCUAAAGUUGGGUACGGGCGACGCAAUGAAUUGCGGCAGCUGCUGAUGGAAACAGAAGAUGUACCGACAACGAAGGCAACGGAGUCAUCAGCGGCAAUCACCGACGUGCGAGAGGUCGAGGGAAUGGAUCCGUGGGAGUUGCUGGUAGAUAUUGGUUGCUUUUGUCCCCUUUUUGGUGCUAGAUUGCGUCCGGGAACACAUUCAUUGCACGGGGAAGCCACGUCCGUGUGUUCUAGGAAGACUAGAACUUCCAAGCGCGUUUCUCCGAGGCCAUCGUCAUGUGACACCGAUGCCCCAGCGGGAGCCAUUCAUUUGUCAGGUGGCGCCUCGCUUUUACGGUUUUUCGGUGCCCGGCGGGCUGCGAAAACGAAAGGCGAUAAGCGGAAGUCAAAGAAUCGCAGGAACUCUCAAGAAUUACCGGGAGCAGUGUUCGCGCAAGUACUGCGUUCUGAGGUCGCGCCUGUUCACUACCAAAGUAUAUUAGAAAACCUUGCUGCUGUGAGCUCUGAGGCAAACGCCUCCGUUAAGUGUGUUGUUGACCUUGCGAAUGCCACAAGUCUCCUUCGUAAUCCCCAUGUUUCGUCGCCCCACUCCGCAUCGUUACAGCAGCAGACGGAGGUAAGCAAUUCUACGAUCCCCGAAUCGCCGGCCUCACGGCGCUCAAGGGCGGCAAAGGGCCGAGAUGGUCACGCAUCAUUUUUGGAUGGCAGCGAGCAGCGGGCCUACAGCCCACUCGCCAUGUCAUCUUCAGACAAAAGCGAGCUGGAAGGCGGGGAUCUGGCACCCUCGUCGUUGGCGAGACAACUCCACGUUGCCUCCGCAGUACUCAGUUUAUUGUAA